AUGGCGACAAACCCGCACCCGAGCCAUGAGUACCGCAAACGAGCCCCACGGCUCCCACCACCAAGGGCGCCGCCCCGGCAUCCGAGACCACCCCACUGCCUGCACCACGGCAAAUGGACACUGCAGAGUGGAAAAGACUCCUCACAUCGUGAAAAGAAAGAAUAUCUCAAAACCAAAAAAAAAAAACCGCAUCGCUCUCUCAGAUCGUGGCCUCUCCCAGCGCCGGCGGCCAGCCGCCGCUGCCCCUCCCGCGCCGGCGACGUGCUCCUCCUGCCCUCGGCCAAAUCUCUCCCACCGUCGGCCGCGCUCCUCCUGCCCUCGGCCGAAUCUCUCCAUCCGGUCGUCCCUGGCCCAGCCACCAGCGUCCUUCGCCCUAACCCUAGCUCCUCGACGGUCGAGGCAACAAAAGGCGGCGCUCGGCCCGGCCCCUGGAAGAAACGGAACCCUAAACUGAAGUAUGAGCCGCCGCCGUUGCUCGCCGGCGACGGCACCUCCACUGGAAGACGAGGACCUUCUCCAGGAGAUCCUCCUGCGCCUCCCUCCUCAGCCAUCCUCCCUCCCACGUGCGUCCGCAGUAUGCAAGCGCUGGCGCAGCAUCCUAUCUGACCCCCAAUUCGUCCAACGCUUCCGCAAACACCACGGGAAACCCCCGCUAAUCGGCUUCUUCAACCAAAGUUAUACCGUAGUCUGCGACUUCAAUCCCAUCCUGGAAGCGCCUGACCAUGUCCAUGCCAAUCGUCUCUCGGUGCCAAAGAGACACAGCUCCAUGGGGAAGUGGCGUUUCAUGGGCUGCCGCAACGGCCUUGCCGUCCUGAUCAACGGGGGUCGGCGUGAGGCCGUCGUGUGGGAUCCUCUCACUGGCCAGCAACAUCGCGUGCCUUUUCCACCGGGGCUUCACGACGGUCCAAUGGGUAGUUUCUAUGACUGGCAUGCCGCGGUGCUUUGUGCUAAUGCCGAAGAUGGGCAUGUGCACGGAGAUUGCAUCAGGGGGCCGUUUAAAUUGGUCUUGAUCUGCAACAGAUACGAGCAGGCAUUCGUUUCUCUCUAUGACUCCACAUCUCAUGCUUGGGGAGAUAUUUUCUCAAUGGCGAUAGAAAAUAGAAUUCAUUGGACAAGGUGCAGCAUCCUUGUCGGAAAUGUGCUUUGCUGGUCAAUUUGUGGAGGUGAUGCCCUUGUGUUUGAUAUUGAAAUGCAGAGUCUUGCUGUGAUUGGGAAGCCAGCAGACAACGCUAUCAGUGACUGGUCUUUUCAGCACUUACGGAUGGAGGAUGGUGCACUAGGCCUCGCUGUUUUGUCGGGACUGACCGUCCAAUUAUGGGUGAGGAAACUUAACUGUGACGGUGUUGUCGGAUGGGUGUUGCUGCACAAAAACAAUCCUUUGAAGGGGUUGCUUCCAAGCACAAAGCCUUUGGUAUUUAUCGUGGGGUAUGAUGAGGACACAAAUGCGAUUGUUCUGUCUACGGCGAUUGGUAACUUCAUGCUCCAACUUGACUCAGGGCAGAUCAAACAUAUCAUUAAAAGAAAUGACAUGUGUAUCGACAUGGUUUAUCCCUACCAUAAU